UGAGUGUUGGAGCAGCCAGGCGGCCAGUGCGCAUCCCAGGACUCAACAUCAGUGUAGCUGGGGCUCAACUUUCAGCUGAUCUCUCAACUUCGGGACUCAUUGGGAAACUUUUACAAAAUGGGUUGCUUUGAGUGCUGCAUCAAAUGUUUAGGCGGGGUGCCGUAUGCGUCGCUGGUGGCUACCAUCCUGUGCUUCUCUGGUGUUGCCCUUUUCUGCGGAUGUGGCCAUGUGGCUCUCACCGGCACGGUGACCAUCCUGGAAACCCACUUCUCCAAGGUUUCCAGUGAUCACGCCAUGCUGACUGAUGUAAUACAGCUGAUGCAGUAUGUCAUCUACGGCAUUGCUUCAUUUUUCUUCCUGUAUGGGAUCAUUCUGCUGGCUGAGGGCUUCUACACAACCAGUGCCGUCAAGGAACUGCACAGCGAGUUCAAGACCACCAUCUGUGGACGCUGCAUCAGUGGAAUGUUUGUGUUUCUCACAUACAUUCUGGGUGUGGCCUGGCUUGGUGUGUUUGGCUUCUCUGCUGUGCCAGUCUUCCUCUUCUACAACAUGUGGUCCACCUGUGCCACUAUGAGGUCUCCCAUGGCCAACCUCACCAACAUUGAUUCCAUCUGCGUGGAUGUUCGUCAGUAUGGAAUUAUCCCGUGGAAUGCCACCCCUGGCAAGGCCUGUGGCACUACGCUAGGUGACAUCUGCAACACCAGUGAGUUCUACCUGUCUUACCACCUGUACAUUGUAGCGUGCGCUGGUGCAGGAGCCACUGUGAUCGCUCUGCUGAUCUACAUGAUGGCUACCACUUAUAACUUUGCUGUUUUGAAGUUUAAGAGUCGAGAAGACUGCUGCACUAAGUUUUAAACUGUUUUAAGAGCAUAGUGCAGCAUUCGAGGCUGCGCUGAGUAGAGACAGUUGCCACUGACAAGAAAUGAACUAAAAACCUGAGAAUAGAAAGAAAAAAAUCAACAUCUCUCCAUUAGUAAUCACAUGAAGUGUAAAUAGCUGAUUGUAUGCUGCCUUUAGCAUUUGGUAUCCAGGGAUUUUGCUUGUCUGAGGACACCUGACGAAAGCUGUCUUCAGAAUGGGGUGGUGUUUAGUUGACUAGUUUGUUCUGCUUUCCUUGGCACUCACUCAUAAAUAUACGUCACCAUCAGAUUUAAUAGAAGACCACACCAGUGUUAUUUAUAUUCAUAUUACGUAAAGCUGAUUUUGACCUGCACAAAGGCAUCAACUGCAUGAGUAUUUCAGAUUU